AUGGCCAAUGGUAGUGCAUCAGAUAUACACCACCAUCGAUGUACAGCGUCUGCUCUAUCAUCAACGUGGUCGCUCACAGCGGCUCACUGCAUAACAGAAUUAGACAUUCAUCCUACAGUUAUUGCAAAGAUUUGCUAUCUAAAACCGGAGUCAGGGCCGUGCAGAGCGGAUAUAGCGAUGUACUAUUUCAGUCCAGAAACCGGUGGCUGUCCACGUUUCAGUUGGGGAGGAUGUCAGGGUAACGGGAAUAGGUUCGACACGAAACAAGAAUGUUUAUCAACAUGCUUGAGUACUCCAGAAAGGCAGAGUUCACGACCCCCAUAUUGUGGUCUCACGUUCGACUACGGCUACUGUUUUGGCGCAGUACCACGUUGGUACUUCGACCCUCGAUGGAAGGUUUGCAAGAAAACGAUAUAUUCCGGUUGUGGUGGAAACAAAAAUAAUUUUUACUCUUUGCCACAGUGCGAUUCGAUAUGUCGUUUCGGUAAAGGAAGGAUAAAGGAGAAGAAAGACAUGCCUGGUGAUCCCAAGAAAGUGUUGAUUAUAAAUCCAACAGGCGCUACAAGAGCGAGAGCAGAUUAAUAUUGAUUUAAUACUUCUACAUUAGCCAGAGUCGUUUUAUGAUACCCUAAACUGACACUUAAAGCAAACCUUUUAAGUAAACUAUCGCACAAACGUUGUGCGAUUGUCGAUUGUUUCGCAGCCAAUUCAAUUGUUUUGUG